CGACAGUUCGAUCACUCCACGUCUCUUCUUUCUUUCUCCUCCUUCAGCGCUCCAUUAGAGCUCGAAAUUCACCGGCGGCUUUGACGGAGGGAGGGAGAGUGAGAAAGAGAUGGUGGUCGGCGUCCUCGCUCUUCAGGGAUCCUUCAACGAGCACAUUGCAGCGCUGAGGAGGCUCGGGGUGAAGGGAGUGGAGGUGAGGAAGCCCGAGCAGCUCCAGUAUGUGUCGUCCCUCAUUAUCCCCGGCGGCGAGAGCACCACCAUGGCCAAGCUCGCCGAGUUCCACAACCUGUUUCCAGCUUUGAGGGAUUUUGUCAAGAUGCGAAAGCCUGUUUGGGGAACUUGUGCUGGUCUGAUCUUCUUGGCAGAUAAAGUUGUUGGCCAAAAGUCAGGGGGACAAGAGCUGAUCGGGGGCCUUGACUGCACUGUCCACAGAAACUUCUUUGGCAGUCAACUUCAGAGCUUUGAAGCGGAUCUUCCUGUACCUAAUCUUGCAUCUAAGGAGGGAGGUCCAGAAACAUGCCGAGGAGUUUUCAUUCGUGCACCUGCUGUGCUAGAAGCAGGACCAGAUGUGGAAGUUCUUGCAGUGUACCCUGUACCACCCGACAGUGCACUUAUCGAUCAGUUAGUUGACUCUCAAGAGGGUGAAAAGAAAGUAAUCGUAGCAGUCAAGCAAGGAAACCUGCUCGCAACAGCCUUCCAUCCCGAGUUGACAGUAGAUUCUCGAUGGCACACUUUCUUCUUGAAGAUGGCAAGUGAGAUUGAAGAAGGUGCGUCGAACAGCAUUGUGACGAUUGAAGGAUCUGAUAUGACUCUUGAUCAACAUCAGAGGAUCGAUCUCCCGAUAUUCCAGUAGAAUCACACCAACCCAAUAGCUGAAAAAGGCUUUGUGUUCCUAAUUUUUAUAUCUUGAUGAUUCCCUCUAAGAUGAUUCUUGAUAAUCUUUCAGACGGCAUGCAUGCUUGGAAUUCAUAGAUAUUCUUUUAUGCUGUUUGAUGCAAUUUAUAUACAUGUUCAUGUGUUGGUGUACAUACGAUGCUUCAAGGAAAUGUCUUUUGGUUUA